AUGUUGCUAUCCCUACCGACCGAAACCAUCAUCCAUGCGCUGGAUCUCGCCGACUUUCGCUCUAUCCUGUCCUGUGGGGCGACUUGCAAGCGGUUGCGUUCGAUAACAACAACCGCUGAGCCUCUGCUGUACAUCACUACGCUUGCGGCUAACGGGCUACGGGAAGUGGGGGAAGAACAAUACGAGUCGCUCUCAGUGUCAGAGAAACUGGCACGAGUGCGCGAGUAUGAGCGUGUCGGGAGUCGAGGCGGACAACUCGUUCUUUAUGACCGCAUUUCCAAGCUUCCUUCCAGACGGAGCUACGGAUAUUGGAUUACUCAAACGCGUGCGGAUGAUGGAUCUCUCACCAUCAGUCGUGUAAAGGUGGGAGGACCGCGGAAUGGUGACCUUUCGCCCAGAGAGCUACUCUUGGCAUCCAUCCCGGGUCCUCGACCUACACGAUGCGCCGUGUGCUACUACGACCCCGACACCGUGAUAGGGAUCACCUACGAACCGGAACCUUACUCCUUGUCCUUGACAGGACGCCUUAUAUGGACGUUUAACGUGUGGGACUUGAGCUCAGUCAAUGCGACUAUCUUGAGCAGCUUUCGUGGUAACCCGAUGCUGCCACGAUCCUGGAGCGCAUACGGCUACACGAUUUCGUAUAGGAGUGGGGGCAAACGUAUCACAAGGGACUUGCGCUUUACGGAGCCGAUCCAGACCCUGGAGAUUCCAUACAUCGCUGAGCCUACGAGGAAUGGCCAUAGUUCUCACCAUGUACUAGUUGCCGACGAUAUGUCGAUUAUCGCAAGAAACCCGAUCGCAGAGACCCCUAGGCUCGAAACAGAUCCCAGCAAUUUCCCCUUGGCGCCUUCGUACGAAGUCCAUCUCCUCAACAAUGACCAACCCACGACGGUGUUCACGCUCAGACUGCCCCGAUUGAAUGAUGAGUGGAACGAUGCAACUGUCGAGCGUUCAGGACGCGAACCUGUGGUAGAUGGGGUCUUCGGACGCAUGGACGGUGUCGCAGCUACCUAUCAGGACCACCGACUUUUCUACGACCAUUGGCGUUUCCGGUGUCCCAUCACCCUCAAUCUCGAUCGGUCGGUCAUCGAGUACACGGAGGACAAUAUCCUCGUCUGCCUUCACGUUCCUAGAUUGCGCGAAUUCCUUCGCCGCCGCGCUCGUUCUUCCGAAACACAAUCUCGGUUCCUCGAAUGGGACGAGUGGGCUGCACAUGCGCGCAUUGUCGUUUUACGUGCGCUUCCAGUACCGUAUUCCAUACACUGGCGCAGCUCGGAGAAUACGACGGGGAUGCGCAUUGCAUUGUGGCGUAAAUGCCUCAAUGAAGAAGUGUUGAAUUCACCGGAAUUAGUAUCUGCGGCACGCAUGAUAGCCAUCCUGGACUUUCAUCCAAGUAGGGCGAGGCGUCGGGAUUCUGAUGCGGACGCGGAUCUCCGCUUUGCAUUGGAUGACGGCCUGCAUGGCAGCGGCAUGGUCCGUCCCUUCCAGGACGAGAACGCAUACGCUGGCGGACUAGCCUGCGCGGAAUACACGUACAAGUUGCCACCAGACGUCUCGACCCAAGGCGGCAUAUACAAGGUGUACGCGACUACGUUGGACGGUGUCGUGCUCACUCAGAGAAGCCAUGCUGGAAAGAUGGUGUACGUCCAUUGCGCGCUCCCGAACCUACAGAAUGCGGAGAAUCAAGGGACCCCCACAGAUGGAACGGUUUGA